ACGAGUGCAGAAUGCUUUUUCUGCUCACUGUGGUGAAGUCAUAUAUUUCAGACGGUGUAUUUAUGCAGGCACUCCCAUAACGAGCAUUCUGCACUGUGCUGGAAACAAGAAGGUGAGGAUCAGCACGAAACCAGCCCAUAGUCACCUGCAUUUACCUGAAAGCUCCUACAAACAAAACAAGAUGGCAACCUCAGGUCCAGCCUACGGUCUGAGCCGUGAGGUACAAAAGAAGAUUGAUCAAAAAUAUGACCCUGAACUGGAACAAAGGUUGACUGAGUGGAUUCAAAUCCAGUGUGGCCCUGCAGUGGGUCAACCAGAGCCAGGCAAGGCUGGCUUCCAAAAGUGGCUCAAGGAUGGAUGUGUCCUUUCUGAGCUCAUCAACAGUCUAUGCAGUCCUAACAAGCCAGUCAAAUCCAUUAACAGAACCAAAAUGGCAUUUAAGCAGAUGGAGCAAAUUUCCCUGUUCCUCAAGGCUGCAGAAAACUACGGAGUCACCAAAACAGACAUGUUCCAGACCGUCGAUCUCUACGAAGGGAAGGACAUGGCUGCGGUCCAGAGGACCCUGAUGGGGAUAGGAUCUUUGGCUGUAACAAAGGAUGACGGCAAUUACAAAGGAGACCCCAACUGGUUCCACCGGAAGGCACAGGAGAACAAGAGAGAAUUCACGGAAGAGCAGCUUAACCAAGGCAAAUGUGUCAUUGGCCUGCAAAUGGGCACAAAUAAAGGAGCAUCUCAAUCUGGUAUGACAGGCUAUGGGCAGCAAAGGCAGAUUCUGAACCCCUGAACCUGAGCUUCUUGAUGAUGCUCCUCCUCCUUUCGGCCACUUAAAGGCCAGCUGUAGCGGAGAAGCUCUGACUUUUAUUCUGGCUAAGAGAAAAAAUGUGACCCGACUGCCUUAAAGACCAAACUGGAGCAAGACAGGGACGAAUGGGAACAUGUGUACACAUAAAUCUACAAUAUACACUCCGUUUUGAGCACAUUCAUACAACAUAAAGAUAAAAGAUAUUGAGACUUUGAACACUUUGUUACUUAUGUAACAAUAAGAUCAUCUGACCCCCUUGUUUCGCAUUCAUUUAUUUAUAAAAGUACCUUCCUUGUGUUUUUUCCACAUUUCCGCAUUAACUACAAACCAAAUUGUGAACAACCAAAAUAAUUUUCCGAACAAUUUUUCAACAAUUUUGUUGCAUUCUGUGACCUCUGCUGUCCACUAGGUGUCACUAACGUUGAAGCUUAAGCCUUUAGAAAUUGUGAAUCAUUAACUAAAUUGUUUGCUUUUUUCAAUGUUUUGAGCCACUUUGAAAUUAUGAAUCAUUUUCUUGAGCCCGACCGAUAUAUCAAUUGGCUGAUAUUAUCAGCCAAUAUGAGCUUUUCACAAACAUAUCAAUAUCUGUGUUAUUUUUUCUGACAUGAAAACUUAUUUUACAAAACAAACAAUGCAGAAAACACUGGCUGCUGUAAAUGGUGACAUUAGGUCAUUUGCCAGAGGGUCCUCCUGCAGCAUUUUUUUAAACAAUGCUCUCAAGCAUGGCUAGGGCCCCCAUCACCCCUUGGUCACAUUAGCUACAAGAGAGGGAGGCUAAGGAACCAGAUACCAUUAAUUUUUAAUCAGAGUGGGAAUUUUACAGCAACAAGAGGCAACUGGUUGCUAUACAACUAGGCAGGGCCAAAAUGGACAAGAAGUCUAUUUUAUGCAAAUACCAAUGCAAGUCAAGGCAACGAGACGGCAACAUGAUGUACAUUGUUUUGUUGCUUGAAUACAAUAAUCCUAGAUGGCCAAUAUGCUGCCAGACAGCUGUAUUUCUGUGUAAAUCUUAUAUUUCUGGCACUUUUUCCUCUUAUAUUUUGUAAAAGCUAAUGAGAAAUAAAAACCUUUACAUAUUGGGAGAUAUAUUGGUAUUGUAAAUUUUAUUUUACUCCCAAAUAUCGGUAUUGUAUAGACCCCCAAAAUAUCCAUAUCAGACAGGCUCUAUGAUUUUAUGAAAAUAACUGGGAGUUUAUCAAACUUUUCAAAGCCCUGAAAAAUAAUUUAGAAUUAUUUUAUUUUCUUUUAGCAUUUCAAACACAAGGAAAACAACACCAUGACAGUUUCUUUUCAACUGUACUGUGGUGAAGUACAGACGCAAAAUUAUAAUAUUGUCACUGUCACUUAUAAAUCUGACUGUGUAUGGGCAGUGGACCACUUCCACAGCACGUUUCCAUCCAAUGCUUAAUGGGUUAAAUUACACGACUCCACUGUGGACUCUUUUUUUUUUUUUUACUUGUUUGUUUAAUGAAAAUAUGUUUUACAAGAUACCUGUUACCAAAGCUGCAGUUAGACUCCAAAAUCACAUAUGAUGAUGACGACAAAAAGUCAUGUGAAAUAAUCUCAGUUAAAAUGUAAACAGGUUUUUGUGUAAUAAAUAGACUGACUGGAACAAUAAUAAAUCAACUAUUAAAGAUGUA